AUGACCUCGAUGUUCGGCAAACCCCGAGCCGGCGGCGAGCGGCCGCCCCAGAGCCCCCUCGCCGAGUGCAACGUGGCCAUCCUGGGGUGCAGAGGGGCCGGCAAGUCAGCCCUGACCGUGAAGUUUCUAACCAAGAGGUUCAUAAGCGAAUAUGAUCCGAACUUGGAGGACACCUACGCCUCGGAGGAGCUGGUGGACCAGCAGCCCGUGCUGCUGAAGGUGAUGGACACCGCUGACCAGGACGGCCCCGGGAACUGCGAGCGCUACCUGCGCUGGGCCAGUGCCUUCCUCGUCGUCUACAGCAUCGAUGAUAGGAAGAGCUUCGAGGGCUGCCAGCGCUACCUGGAGGUCCUCGCCCUGCACGCGAGGGGCUGCCAGCGCCGCUGCCCCGUCCUCCUGCUGGGCAACAAGCUGGACAUGGAGCAGUACAGGCAGGUGCCCGCAGCCGAAGGGAUGUCCCUGGCGAGCAGGUUCGGGUGCUUCUUCUACGAGGUGUCGGCAUGCCAGGACUUUGUGGGGGUGCAGCACGUCUUCCACGAAGCCGUGCGGGAGGUGCGGCGGCAGGCAGAGCGGAGCCUGCCCAUCCGGCCACUUUUUUUUUGCCGCCUCCCCCUCCCUCCACUUCUCAUCACCGAGGCGCGCCCCGCCCCGCCGGUGGCCACGCCGGUUGCCCUGCCCACCCACCACGGCUUGGCCAGCUGCACAUUCAACACCCUCUCCACCGUCAACUACAAGGAGAUCCCCUCGGUGGCCCAGGCCAAGCUGGUCACCGUCAAGUCCUCGCGGGCUCAGAGCAAGAGGAAAGCUCCCACACUCACCUUGCUGAAAGGUUUCAAGAUAUUUUAG